UAGAGUUGUAAGAAUUAAAUAAAACAGUAAGUUUUAAAUAAAUGUUAGUUAUCAUUAUUAUUAAUAAUUUGGGUCAGUACCCAUUAUUGUUUUGGAGGUAAGAUUCAAAAUCAGGUAGUCUGGCUUGAUAGCUUGGUCUCAUAACCACUGCAUUACUCUCUAUAUAAGACAUGAGGAAUGUUUGGAGGAAGAGAAUGGCCAAGAUGAAAGAGGAAGAUGCUUUUGCUCAUUGAAGUAUCAAAGGUCAUCUUAGAGACAGAAACAUUUAGCUUCGUAAAAUUUCUAUUAAAACAUUAAAAAUUUGGAAGCCGCAGGGGGAAAAUGGUGGACGGGAAGGCGGGAGAGGAGAAGCCUGAGACGGGAGCCGCAGGAGGACCUGAAGAAGAAGCAGAAAAACCCGUGGAAACUAAGACUGUUUCUUCCAGUAAUGGAGGGGAAAAAUCCAGUCGCAGCGCUGAAAAGCGAUCAGCUGAAGAAGCUGCAGACCUCCCAACAAAGCCUCCAAAGAUCUCCAAGUUUGGAUUUGCCAUAGGUAGUCAGACAACAAAGAAAGCCUCAGCCAGAUCCAUCAAACUUGUCUCAAGUAAGCCUAAAGAAACUGUUCCAACUCUUGCUCCAAAAACCCUUUCAGUAGUAGCAGCUUUUAAUGAAGAUGAGGAUAGUGAACCAGAGUAAAUGCCUCCAGAAGCAAAGAUGAGGAUGAAGACUAUUGGAAGGGAUACACCAACAUCAGCAGGACCAAAUUCCUUCAAUAAAGGAAAACAUGGGUUUUCUGAUAACCAGAAGCUAUGGGAGUGAAAUAUAAAAUCUCAUCUUGGAAAUGUUCAUGACCAAGACAAUUAAAUGAUGUGUUUUGAAACUGGGGUGUGG